AGGAUAAAGAUCAAUUGCAUCUGCAUAUACUAUUACACGAUCCUCGUAAAGAAGUUCACACUAAACUAUUCGAGUCGUGUCCUCUGCAAAUUCGUCACAUUCCUGCAUCGCCUUGUACGUCCACUGUGGUCCUCUCUGCACGCGUAUUCAGCUGUCCAUUGCAUACUCUGGCUAUCUAUUUCUUCUGACAUAAUUCGGGGAUUUUGUUAUCGCAAUCUCUUCCCAAAAAUUGGGUACUGUUCUUUUUCUUGGGCGGAGAAAAACUAACUACUGGGGUCCGCUUUUAGUACUUCAUCCAAUCGUCCAAAACUUGUUUUUAUGACUAGUACAUUCGUUCUAAAACAAAAAGAUAUGUUCUCCACAUCCGUCAUGUCCUCUGUGUCGUCCUCUAAAUGCCGCAAAACCGUUCUGUUUGCCGGUUUUCUGGCGGUGAGUCUCUCCACAGAGCCUGUUUCCGCAUUCCAGUUGAAACUGAAAGAGGCCCAGCCGGACCUGGUGAUCACUGAUGCGGCUACAGGCGCUCCGAUCCCGGACGCGCCCACCAUGGGGGACGUGAUCAACCAGUUCGCGUUUCCCAUCGUCGACGCGGACUACGAACAGCCCCUCGUCGGCGAACUGAACACCUUCCGCGACCCGGACGCCAGUCCGACUCGCCCGCUCGGGUGGCACUUACAGAUCAAAAAUUUCGACGACCAAUCUCGGACCUACACGAUUGUGAAAGAAAGGGAGGUCGUGGAAGAUGUGAUUCCGGACGCCGAGGGCAUCUACUGGCAAAACACGGUGACAUUUCGGUCCGAACCUGAGCAAGUUUUCAUGGCACACGGCUUUCCGUUUCCGUCCGCAGUGGAACAGGCAAGACGGAGGUCCUCCGGUAGUGGAGACGCAGCUGCGACCUCGUCCAGGUCCAACCUGAUUACCGCCCAGGCCCGGAACGCGGAAAACUUUUACCAGAAAAUCAAGAAUUUAGACCGACUAUUACAGAAGCGGAUCAAGGGGUACGACCCCCGGAACUGCCAGCUCUUGUACAAAAACAUGAACCCAACAGGCGGCGAGGUGAAGUACCACGAUUUACUCCGCCUUUCCUGGGAGGAAAUUCGGGACUUGGAGCUGAAGUUCCCCUUUGCGGAGAACCCCAUGAACGUCGCUGAUCAAGUGAUGGCGAGCCGCACGAGGCGGGAGUUGAAUCAGUUGAUGGAGCAGAAUUUCUACAUAUGCAUUGCAAAUAUGUCUGGGUCUGGAAGGUUGGAACUUGUGAUGCGGAUUCUGGAACAGGCAAAAAUUUGUAUUGCAUGAUCGCCAAAAGCUGCCCAUUUCGUGCUAGGCAAAUUGGGAAUUUCCCAUGCAGGAUAGGUAUCAGAAGGCCUGCGCAAAACCUGUAAUGCUUUUGCGUGCAUUUUUACAGACCAUGUGCAUAGUCCAAAAGAUGCAUGACAAACAAGGGCAUGCCUCCAGACCCAGUCAUAUUUGCAUUUGAUACUACACCCUCUACGUCAAGCAGGUGGAUUUGUCCCUGGUCUCCUUAUUGAAAAACAACUUUUUCGACCCGGGACACGACAGCGUGCUGGUCGCGGAAGUGAUCCGGCCCUCGAUUCCGAACAACAGGGGGUCUUUGUGGCUGACGUUGGCGGAAUUUGCGACGAUUGUGUCAAGGAUGGUGCUGUUCGAAAAGCAACGCGAGCUGGAGGCCGCGGUCGCGUAUGAUGAGUUUAACAUGAACAUGCGGGGUAGAAGUACAGGUGCUCUUGACCAUCUUCUUCCCAGUCGUGGUAGUUCCCCUUCCACCAGAUCCGGGUCGUCCCUCGCCGCCGCAGCACGAACCCGAUUUUUUAACGGGACUUCUGCGCAGCAGACGACGAUGUUGAGCACCACGUCGACCCAAAGUAGCGCUGCUGUGACAAGAGCUGGUGCAGCAACUCGUAGCAGCAGCAGUGGGGCACUCAGUAGAGGAGCAGGAGGUGGACCACGAGCAAGUGCGGGCGAGGUUGCAGCUUCAUCUAGAAGUAGUGCCGGAGCUGCUUCGAGUUCUGCGUACGGGGAGAACUACAAUUAUGUCACGUACCCCAGCCGUAGCUCCAGCAGCAGCAGAGUUGCAGAAGGUGCUGGUGCGAGUCAGAGUGGUCCCCGCCGGGAAAGUAGAAGCACUAGUCGGGCAGGGACGACGAGUGCAGCAGGAACCAGCGGGCGUCGUGGAAAUUCUACAACUCGUGCAGGCACUACGACCCCUGGAGCAGCUGCUAGAGGUCCCUUUUCAAGAACGUCUCGAUCUGCAAGCAACAGCACAACAAGGCGUGUAACAGAUAUUGACGUUUCCGCCGUUGCACCAGCCGCUGCGUUGCGCCAGUCCGAGCAACUACAGCCAGGGCAACAAUCGUUGAAUCAACCACGACAUGAUCAACGACCUGCUGACACUCUUCAUUCCGAAGAGGACGCUGCGAAGCACAGGCAGUUCCUGAAGAAGUACGAGUUUCCGCUCCUUGCCAAGUCCAGCGAGUUGAUGCAGGAGCUGUGGCAGGGCUUGGCGGUCUACUGUGAAAACCAGGAAAAGCCGGAUUUGGUCCGGACGGAAGACGAGAAACAAAACAAUCUGAAGGAGCUGAAAUUUUUAUGCGAAAACCGGCUGAUAUGAACUGCAAAAGUAUCGUACUAGUAUAAAUUGCAUUACAAAUUGGCUCAGCAUUUUUACAAAUGUAAUUUGUAAUGCGGAUUUCCCUUGGUUAGUAGAUUUGUAAUGCGUGGCUGCGAUUAGUACGAGUGCGAUACUUUUGCAAUGCAUAGCUGAGAGACUUCAACAAUGUCAUUCCCUUCGAGCUGCUGCCCCCGACGAAUUUAUCGAAAAAAGACGUAUCAAAUGCAAAAAUGUCUGGGUCUGGAAGAUUGCGAGAUUUGUCAUGCUUGUCUGGCAUGGCCAAAAAGUUUGUGAUGCGUGUCCAAGAAGAGACCCUUUGGCCUGCCAAUGUCAUGCAAAAACGCAGUCUGUCAUGCGAAAAACGCAACAAUUUCUCAUACUUGCCUGUGCAUUGCAGAGCACUCAAUAUUCCCAGCGCAGCAUUACAAGUUUCCAGACCCAGACACUUUUGCAGUUGAUAAGACGUCCACGAGUACCAGGCCUCGGACGAUCUGCUGAGUUACUCCGCGGCCUACCGCAUGCCGGUCGGCGUGUUGCAAACCUAUUCUGAGUAAAAACGUCCCCACCCCAGAGUUGUCAUGCAAUUCUGCAUGCCAAAAAAGUUUCUCAUGCGGAGCCCUAUGAGAAGCAUUUUCUAUUCGUGUUUUAGAAUUUGUGAUGCCAGAAUCAGAAUGCUAUGCUAGACCUGUGAUGCUUCUGAACUAGCUAAACAGCAUUACACUACGAGGACAAACUUGUCAUGCCAGACAACCAAGGCUGGCUGAUUUGUCUAGCAGAUUUCUCAUGUUGACUCUGGUGUGGGGACGUUUUUAAUCAGAAUAAAACCCAGAACAAAACCAUCCUGAACGUCUAUUUCGACGCCCGGUUCGUCUUUUCCGUCUUGCCGCCGCAGACGGGAACUGCAGGUGAAACGGAAAACUUUUACGAGCAGGAAAACCUCUCUCCGAACACGAGGCAAGCGCGGAUUGAGAAGGAGAAGAAGCAGGCGAAGCAGUACUGCAAGCCGUACCUGAAGGAGCUGCAACUGCAAGUCGUCUACUACAAUGCGCAGUACAAUCGGAACACGUACCACACGACCCCGUUGGCGGUUCUCACCCCGGUGUCCCAGAAAGAGGAAGAACACAGCGGCCUGAACUCCUUUUUCCGCUUUUUCACGACGACCAACAGCACCACAACAGCAGCAGCAGAUCACGGUCAACAAGAACCUGAGCUGGUGCAAGAGAAGGAAGCGACGCGGCUCAUUGAGAAGGUCCUAGUUUGGAAAGAAACUUUCCCCAGCGAGGGAACUUUCGACACAAAGCAGUCGAAGCCGAAAAUUUUCCCGGAAUGGAAAGAUUUGAAGAUCAAUGACAAUUUUGCGCAAAAGCCCCGGCCGAUUCGCGGCGUGCUGCAGACGUCUCCGGAAUUCUUCGCGAGUGAAGCGGAGGCGGCGCAGGCAGUGGCGCGAGUCUCCGCUAGAGGUCGAGCAGCGGGAGCGUACUACUUUGGCGCGGACGACGGCGACGCUAUGUUUCGUCCUCUGAAAGUAGAAAGUUAGAGUUGCUUUUAUCAUAGGAAGUAGUUGGCGUUGCUGUCACAUCACAUCUACCCUUUUUAUCACAAAGUUCGCGUUUUGAUUUUGUUUUUGGAGGAAUUGCUGCAUUGAUAUUGAAUUCAAACGCUGCUUCAUCUGGUGCCUUCUGGCACAGUAAUUAAUGAUCAUGUUGCAUAAAUUAGAGAACUCCUAUAAAAACACAUGUACUUAGUUGUAAACGAUUUUCAGUGCAUGACAAGCGUCAGGAAACGGAUCUAGGUUUAGGCCAUUUCCUACAAGUGCUUUCAACCACAGCUUUCGUGGUGUAGCUGUGCGAUGCAAAAAAACAACCACAGCUUUCGUUGUGUAGCUGCGCGAUGCAAAAAAACAACGUCAAUUCGAAUGUGUGAACUGUUGGCCCAGCUAACGAAUUAAAACUUCUUUACUCGUUUGCAACAUACUUAAGCUUCAUUUUCAAGUAGAUUUCCUACGCAUUCCCAUGAUCAUUGCAUUCCCUGAUUCUAAUGACCCACAUUGAUGUAUUCAUGUCUAUCUAGAAAUUCGCUGCGAUUUAUUUUUGCCGGAGAGAAUAAGUACAGCUUCAUCUUCGUAGAAAUAAAGCUUUCCAGUCAAAUGUGAUGUGGGAAACCAAAAGCAA